UACUAAAACGAAAGACACUUUCUCACAAUCGUCUUCAAUUAAGACUCCAUUUUCGUCAAGAAAGUCUUCUUCUCUCCAUUAAAUAGUUAUAUCUCUUUAACUUCACCAAACUAACACCGCUAAAUUCGCUCCUAAGAAUAAGAUUUCCUCUUUUAGCUUCUUCUUUCCUAUCAAAUUUUUACACCUUCUGUGUAAUUGCAUUAUUUUUCUCUGUUUUGGUCGACGUCGCUCGCUCUGUUCGAUCUCCGGCGGCCGUUAAUCAUGGCGGAGAUCGAACAUAUCGUGCAUAAUGCCUUGUUUGGCAAGUAUGAGCUCGGUAAGCUCCUCGGCUGUGGUGCUUUUGCCAAGGUCUACCAUGCUCGCAAUGUUCGAACCGGACAGAGUGUCGCCAUCAAGAUCAUUAACAAGAAGAGGAUUGCUAAUUCUACCUUAAUGUCCAAUAUCAAGCGUGAGAUCUCCAUUAUGCGUAAGCUUAACCAUCCGAAUAUCGUGAAGCUUUAUGAGGUAUUAGCUUCUAAGACCAAAAUAUAUUUCGUUAUGGAAUUUGUUAAAGGUGGAGAAUUAUUUGCUAAAGUUGCUAAAGGACGCUUUAGCGAAGAUCUUAGCCGCAAAUAUUUCCAGCAAUUGAUCUCCGCCGUUGGUUAUUGUCACUCCCGCGGUGUUUUUCACCGAGAUUUGAAGCCUGAGAAUCUCCUCCUCGAUGAGAAUGGGAAUUUGAAGGUUUCGGAUUUUGGACUCAGUGCUGUUACGGACCAGAUCCGAACCGAUGGACUUUUGCAUACUUUAUGUGGAACACCGGCUUACGUUGCGCCGGAGAUUUUAACGAAGAAAGGUUAUGAUGGUGCUAAGGUGGAUGUUUGGUCAUGUGGUGUCAUUUUAUUUGUUUUAACCGCCGGCUAUUUGCCUUUUAAUGAUCCGAAUCUUAUGGCUAUGUACAAGAAAAUCUACAAAGGCGAAUUUCGGUGCCCGAAAUGGAUGUCUCAGGAUCUAAGACGGUUCUUGUCUCGGAUUUUGGACACGAAUCCCCAAACGAGAAUAACUGUGGACGAGAUCUUGAAAGACCCGUGGUUCACGAAAGGCGGAGUCAAAGAAAUCAAGUUCUACGAUGAAGAUUGUGUUAAAAUCGAUAAAGACGAACCAGAAAUCAGAAACUUGAACGCUUUCGAUAUCAUUUCGUUCUCGUCCGGUCUGGACUUGUCCGGUUUGUUUGAUGAUUCGUACAAGGCGGUGGAGGAUGACGACCUGUUCGUUUCGUCGGAGUCACCAGAGAAAUUAAUUCAGAAAGUGCAGGAGUUUGCCAAGGUCGAGAGGCUGAUGGCGAAGAGAAAGAAAGAAUGGGCAUUUGAUCUUGAAGGGCAAAACGGUAAUUUCGUACUGGAGGUUGAAGUUUACCGGUUAACGGAUGGUUUGGUUGUUGUGGAGGCAAAGAGGAGAGGUGGUGAUGCUGGAUGCUUUAAACAGAUAUGGAAAAACAAGCUUAAGCCUGAGCUUAGUGGGUUAAGUGUUUGUGAACCGGCAAGUCAGGUGACCGGAAACUGAAACUUUUCGGUAGCGUUGGGUGUAAAGUGAUGUAUGCCGGCCAUUGUUGUUUGUUGUAACUAAAAAUAUAUUUAAUUUUUAUUAAUAAAUUAUUAUUAUCAUCAUAAUGUAUGGAUUUUGCGAUUUUUAUUCGGAAUAAAGGUCAUUGCUGACGCUGUGGUGGAGGUGGUGAAGGUUUGUUUUUGUAA